UUGAGUACACCAAUUGUAAUAUUGGAUUAUGACCGAAAUGACCUCAGGGUAGAAAGUACGCGUACCAGCAGACGACUUUCAUCGAACUUCGACUCGAGUGGGCCUACAAGUGCAACAAAAUAUGAAGAUGUACAGCCCACUUUCCGGCCAAGAAGUUCUAGAAGACGCGAAGAACCGCCACCAUCUACACCGCGAGAUAUUAAUAGAACAAGACCUAAAACAAAGAUUUCAGAUACAAAUGCUUCACCUACUGUGACAGAACAAUCUCCGACGGAAAAUGGGCGUAGCGAAAAAUUCGAUUCCAGAAGAAAUAAUCGAUUACGUAGUCGGCCAAUAGAAACUGAGGCAAACGUCGUCACUUCUUACGCAAGUCAAGAUAUAAAUGUCAAGAGCAAAUCGCGACAAAUCAACAGAAGACCACAAUAUACUGCUACAACUGCUCCUUUAGCGAUGUCUUCUCCCGACAUUGAAGAUAAUAGAAUUAGAGAUAUAAAUAAUAGAAAAACUCAGUCCAGCUCUACACAGACUCCAUUAAAAAUAUCUUCUCCAGUUAUUGAUGAUAGAAAAAGUAAAACCAUUGAAUCGAAUUUUGAAGAUUUCACACGGAUUAUACCAAAAGAAGAGGAUGUCACAAGUGUUCAGUUUAAAAGGCGGAGCACGACUGCGAAAACAAAACAAAGUGUAACUUCGUCAACUCCAAAAUCAAUACGAUCACGUGGACGCAUAAAUACUAGAACUAAUGUUAAAUUAGAAGAUAUGGCAAGUUCUGGUGCAACUAAUGAUUUAACCAUUGCAGAAAAAAUACCUAUUAGUGAAACGUCUUCAGAAAAUACAAGAAGUUCACGGAAAUUGAGAUACCGAACGCGUUUAUCAGAAACUGACACAAAUUUAACUGGGGAUGGUAUUUUGUCAUCUAAUGAAGUCAUUAAACCUGUUCAGAAGAAAAGAAAGAUUAAUAGUCAAUUAGAAAGUCCUACACCAUCCCCAACUCUAUCUGAAAAGAAUGUCCAGAGAAAUAGUGAACGUAGUCCAUCAAAAUCCACAACCGUAACAACCAUGAGAGUUGUAAGGCGCCCUUCGGCCAGAGGAAAAGAUAACACAGUACCUUCAAGGAUGAAGCCAAAAGUUAAAACUUCUGAUGAGAUUGGUGACGAUGAUAACUAUCCAGAAAGUUUUAAAGCCUUGAUUCAAACUAAAAAUGCUUCGACACAAGUGAGCUCUCCAUCCAGCGAGAGUUUGUCAGUGAAAGAAACACACAAAGUAAAUAUUUACACACAACCCAUACCGUCUUUCAACACAGUCGGUGACUUAGAAAAUACUACACGGCUUCGCAGUAAAUUAAACACAACGGAGAGUGAAUUAAAAAACGGAACUACUGAUGACAGUAUUACAACAGUGAAUGAUUCUUACAACAAAACAACCAAACCUCAAGAAUAUCGCGUACGUGGAUCAUAUGUACCAAAAUCUCGAAAGCUCAGUGGUUUAAAUGUGGCUUUUGUGACAAAGAGUACAUCAAGCAGUCCUGCCACAGAAAGGUCAUAUAAAUUUAAUAGGAAAUUAAAAACAUCAUCGACAGAAGAACCAGUAACAGAAAAUUUAGUAAAAAAUAAAAGGUUCCAAUCUCGACAACAUUUUCAGAAGACUUUAGUUCACUCUCCAAAUUAUUCAAGGAAAAGAUUUGAUAAAAAAGAUAUUAUAUCAACAGAUGCAAUCACCACAAAUGAGAGUGUAAAAACUUCUAUUAAUACUAGUGUUGUAAAUAAUAAGAUUAAGCUACCAAGAACAAAUUAUUAUUCAAGAUUAAGGAAUAAUAUUAAAAAUGACGUAACAGCAACUACAAAUACAGUACGUAUAGUAAAUGAAACACAGAUUGCAGAUAAGAAAAUAGAAACCACAGCUGAUAUGCCUCUCAUAUUUAGCUUGAUAAAUAAGCCAGUAAAAAAUACAAUCCCUAACAAUGUAAGCGAAGAGAGAAAAGAAGAGUUUUUAAUAGCGGUAAGUAGUAAGGAAUCUCGUGAAAAUAAUACCGACAAUGAAGUAGUUACUAAUGCAGAGCAAAGUGAAAAUAAGUCUGAAAUAAACGAGUUUUCUACUACUCAAAAAUACCACGCCAAUUAUAAAGAUAAGAGCGCUGUAAAUGAUUCAGAAAGAAAAGAUUAUAUCGGUACGACUCCUACUCCUCCUUCCAUUAGAAAUAUACAAACGAGGAAAUAUACGCGCAAAAUCGUAAAAUCUAAAGAAAGAAUUAUAAAUUCAUCUCCAUUUUCCGCGACUAAGGAAAGAACACUACGAAAGUAUAGUGACAUAUUCUCGAAGACCACUGAAGCAUCUACUAAUGGCAUUAUCAACGAGCCUGAAAAACCUAAAGGCAGGUUUAGUUCUAAAUAUAGAGCUUCAUAUCUUGACAAACCAUUUUACAAACCCACUGUACCCACAGUAACACCAACAACUGUAAUGGGUGAAGAGAUUCAAUUAGGUGACAUGAAUGCUAUUUCUUUUACUCAGACACGAAGUACAAUAUCUUCAGCUGAUCUAAAACUUUCAGAGAGUUUAGUAAAACCAUCACAUGUCAUGAAUGUAGAGGCUUCAAAUCACUCACCAUCAGUUACUGUAUCUAUUUUUGAUGCUUUAGCAGAAAUACUUACUUCCACACCCAGAAUUCAAAUUUCUACAACAACAGAAGUACCGCAACAAUAUUUCACUGAUACGGUUGUUAAACAGACAUUCAACGGCGUGAGUAACAACAAUAAUGUAAAUAGUGUCACUGACUUGUCAAGUCAGGGCACAUCUAUAAAUACAUUAAUUCCUGUACAAAUCACUGAUCAGACUACACCAAAUGUGCUUAACCGCUUGACGGUAGGGGAACGUAUUUCACCGUCACUUAAAGAAGAGGAGAAAUUUACACCAACAAGUACUUCUCAAAGUACCUCUUAUCCCACCCCAACCACUCCUAUUUCCGCAAGGAAACCCUUUGCUAUAAAAAUAUUAUAUUCAGAUACAGAACGGCUGACAGACGAAUUUAUGACUUCAUCUGAACUUACGACGAAUCAGCCUACGACUCAUAGUGCGAAAAUGGUAUAUAACACUGCAUCUGACCUUUUAUUAUCUAACAAAAAAUUAGUGUCGUCAGAACUAACUAGCAUGUUAUCUAAUAAUAUUAUAGAUAUUAUUCAAAAUUUGGACGACGAAAGUAGAUCUAAAUUGACUGUAGAUAUGGCGAAGUUGUUGAAAACAAUAAUUCCUAGAGCUAUGAAUAAGCUAUCUACCCUCAGUAAUACUGAUGUAGUUCCAAAUACCACUCCUUACAGUUUGGAGGACAUUAAGGAUACCGAAAAUAUUAACAUUAAUGAGAACCAAAAUUCUUCUAUUGAAAUUAACAAUCUCUUCCAAAAUGUAUUGAAUGGUAAUGUAAAUAGAACAGGGGAUACUGUUGAUCUUUUAGAUUUAGGAAUAAAUUCACAACAAGCUGUAAAUAGCUCGGUAUAUUCACAACUGUUUUUAAGUAACAACUUAUCGGAAUUUGAGAGCAAGACAACAGUAGCUGAUAUCGAAACUACUACCGAGUAUGUAAAUACUAAUACACCGCCAUCUUUCGAUUUGCCAGCAACAACGUUAAAAACAUCUAGUACAACAUUAGACAUAAAUAUUGAUACAGGUACUUUGUCUGGCUUAACUAAAUCUACUAGUGUAAAUAAUGUAGAGACGAGCACUGCUAAUAAUCCAAUGAUAGAUUCCACUAUUCAACCUUUUUCAGUCCCAUUUUUUGGAAAUUCCAUAACUGAUAAACUUCCUUCAAAUGAAAUUAACAAUACACCACCUUUAAUUGCUUUGUCUGAUAGACAAUUUAAUGAGACUGAUAAUAUUAACAUUAAAGAUCCAAGUCAAAUAUCAAAUCUUCAGUUAUGGGUACUUUCUAAAAAAGCUCGUGUCUUGAAUAUGAUUGAACAAAUAAUUAAAGAACAUAAUGAUGAAAUAGCAAAUGCUUCUUUCACUGCAUUAAAAGAACAAACCAAUUCUCCAUUUUCCGAUCGCUUAGCUGAAAUAAUUAACACAAUGGAUUCUAAAAAUGAAUCAACCGUUUUGGAUAUCGAUUUAACCACUCCGAAUUUUAUUUCUGGACCAGUUUCUAAUGCACUCAUAUCUACUACACAAUUUGAAUUACCCGACAAAACUACAACUGAAACUAUAAUUAAUAGUGUUAAAACCGACAUUACGGUCCCAUCAAUGACUACCUCAACUGACGUACUGCCUACUAAUAUACCCAUAACUGAAGUAUAUUCAACUACUAUUAGUGCAGACGUAUCUGAAAUAAUAGCUUCACAAGCUUCAAGCGAAAUUGCUGAUGCUUUGCAUAGCACAACUAUGGACGCAGAGCUAACUACUGUUGAAGAAACAACCGAAUCUCAAGAUACACUAAAAUCUACAAUUCAAAGUACAGAAAAUCCAACAACUAUUGCUCAAGUCAACACUGAAGUCACGACCUCUUUGAUAGAUUUGGAAUGGCCUACCAAGACAAGUCUUACUGAGAGCAAUUUAGAAACAACAACUCAAGCAGGUAUCGAAACCACCACUGUAACACUCGUAAAAGAAACUAAAUCAAAUGAUUUAAUAACAACUAAAGCUCAACUCAACGUCGUCACUCAGCCAACUAUUCCGAAAAAAGAUUAUGUUAUAUUUGGAAUACUGCCUAAUAAUACAGUGGUACGUAAAGAUCCUAACGAUAAUGUACUGGAAAGAUUAACCGAGGCAACUCCGUACAUUAUUUAUGGCGUGCUACCUAAUAACACAAUAAUACGUAAAUUUCCAAAUGGAACUAGAGUACCACGACUCAUGCAAAAAAUUGACGUACUACCAAUCAGUCCAUGGAGUUUAAGAAACCCAUACAGCCCUAUCCAUAAUAAUCCGGCCAUUGUCAGACCGCAGCCUAACCCCAUCCGAGUAUCCACUAAUACUGUGACAUCCACAAACACAAAUAACGGAAUGGAAAACAGAUUAACCACCGACACUGUAAAUAACCAGCAAAUGAUGAUAUCUUCAUCGGCACCUAAUCUAAAAGGUACCAGUUCCUUGGGCAUAACUACUGCCACAAUUAAGCCGUUUGCUGACAAAAGCACUGCCUCGCAUGUUUUAAGUUUACGCACUACUACAAUGCUACCUUCUAUUCAUGAGAUUCUGCUUAAUAGUUUAUCUUCGGCCACUAAAGAGGAAAUGGUUAUAUCAUCAAUGACGAGCUCUACUCGUGAACCAAGAAUAUUAACACUGGAUAUCGAUCCGGAGACACAACAAAUCCGAACGGAAAAACCUGGUGAUGGUAAAGGAAAUGCAGUUUUCAAAUUUAUACCCAUUGAUGAAGUAACGGUACCUCCACAAAACACAAACGUUUUAAAGCUAGCUUCUACAAAAUCACCUAUUAAAUAUAAUACAGAAAAAGAUAUCAAAACUGUGACACCAAUACCCGUUACAGAAAUUAACUCAUCUAUAUUACAAAUUCAAAAAAGCAUAGAAAAUAUGGAUGAAUCCACAACAACAAAGGAACUGUUUCUUGGAACGUCCAACGAAAUAAUAUCUAAUGAUGGAAUGGGUAGUCAGUCUUCAACGCCUGUUAUAUUCACCAAUUCUGUAACACCAAAUGAAUUUCAGGAAGAAAGUACACAAUCCCCUAAAAGUUCACUUUUUGACAUUAAAGAGGACUUCGACAAAAUAAUGACUACAGUAAAAGAUGUAAUAACAGUUCAACCCCCAACAACAAAGCUUGAUACACCACAACCUCUUCCAAUAAUGUCAACCACUACAGUACCACUAUUUACUUUUAAUGAUUUGCCAAGAAAUGAUGUAACAAAUCCCAUCACUACGGACCCAGCAAACAUUUUUUCCAUAAAUCUGGAAAGGACAACUCAGAAUGUUGUAAAUGCGAAUGUUGUAUCAAUAUCAUCAACACAGUCUUCUGACGGAAAAUUGACUACUCUUGACAGUACCAUAUUACCAGCAACUAAUACUAUAAAAAUUGAUACCAAUAAAAAACAAGAAAACUCAGAGCUACUACAAAGCUUACAAGCAGUCUUAUCGACAACAUUAAAACCAGAAUUGUUAACAGCUACUGGCCAAAAGUUACCAGUUUCCUAUAAACCAGGUGGCACAAUGCAAACAACUACUUUGCGCUCCAUAGAAGAUGAUAUCCGACAAUUUGAGGAAGAUACAAAAUUAUUAAAAGCACUUUUACAAGCCACAGGCCGAAACCCAAAUGAACUAAAAAUUCCAAACCUAGGUGAUAUUAGAGCAAUUCCUGCAUUUAUGGUGAAAACAAAUCCAAUCACCACAACAACAACAACAACAACGACCCGAACAACAACUAUGACAACUACACCGAAACAAACAAAAACAACUACGUCUUCAAUCGACGAAGAAAUAAAGAAAUUAAAAGAAGAUACUCAAUUAUUACAAGCAUUGUUACAAAUUACUGGACAGAACACUAAUUUAAACCAGCCAGUAAUAUCGAAGAUAACUUCCAAUGUUAGAAUUGCUUCAAAUCCUCUAACAACGUCAAUCGAAUCUAAUCCCACAACGUCAAAUAAUAUGCGUCCUGUUUACACUACAGUUCAGCCAAAUAAAUUACAGACUGAAUUUCCGCAAACCAUUUCCACAUUAACUACUUUGCAGGACCAACAAAGUACUGUUACAGAAGAAAUUGGAAUUUCCACCACAUAUCCACCAAUUGAUAGAAGAUUAUUGACAACAACUAACUUUCCUGAACCAUUGUCUACGAUAAAUGCUAGACGCGCCCCAGAAACAACACGAGUUACGACUGAAAUACCGAGCACCUCUACUUUUUCAGCUGAAGAAGAUUUAGAAUUUUUAAAUAAUUUGAAAUCCGUCCUAAACACAAAUAAUGUUAACAAUGAUGAUCCAGAAGCUGCACUAGCUAAUCGUGUCAUAGCCCUCGCUGUGGAAAGAAGCUUAAGUGAAUUACAAACAGGAAAGCAAACAGAUUCUUCCCGAGGUAGCAAAAAUAUCAAUUCAAAUUCCGUCAACUCUUUGCGUACCACGACUGUAAGAACAACAAGUACAACGACGAAGCCUACUACUACUACUUUCAAACCGAGAACAAUGCCUAGCAAAAGUACACCGUCAUUAGAAGAUGAUAUCAAACAAUUUGAACGAGACACAAAAUUAUUACAAGCUCUUUUAAAAGCGACUGGGCAGGAUCCUUCCAAGUUUAAUAUACCAACGCUGCCAAGUGUAAAUGUUAGUCCAAAAGUUUCUCCGAUUGUUAAAGAGGAUUUAACUUUUGUACCUUUGACAAAUAAACCAAGUAUAGUAACCACGAAUCCAACUACCACUAAAACUUUCGGAGCAAAAAUAGCUGUUAAGGAUAAUAUAAAAGAUGUUCAAGAUGAGGCAAAGUUACUUCAAACAUUAAUUAAGCUAAAAGAUGCACAGGAAACAACGACACAUAAGAAUAAACUGGCCAUUACAGGUCAAUCUUCAGACGAAGCACUUAAAAAGUUAAUCCAAAAAGCUAAACCAACGGUAAUGGUAUCAGAAGCUACAAAAUCAUCAGUAUCAUUGAGCACUGAAUAUGGAAACAGCAACGAUGCACUUCUUGCGGCAUUGCUUAAGGAACAAGGAUUCGGUCCAACAACGGCAAGUUCUCUGGAUGAGCAAGUUCGACUCGCUGCUUUACUGAAUCAAGUGGUAGUGACGCCGAAGGCUAGGCGGACGACAACGCUUCCUCCGCCGCCCCCAGCACUACGAAGGCCAAUUUUGGAUGGCCUAGCUUGGAUUUGGCAGCAGUGGAGAGAGACGGAACCUGGGUCUGGUAAUGUUGGUACCAGAACAAAUAAAAAACGGCCAGCGUCAACGUCCAGUUCUGUUGCAUCUUCUUCAGUACCUGCGCCUUCUAGAACCAACUGGUUUGGUUCUGGACCAUUUGUUGGCAACGCCGAUGAAACUCCGUCCUCGAAUCGAAUACCUCUGGAGCCCCCACGGGCAGUAGCGGCCGAGCAGGCGCCGGGUAGAGGGCAACUUGUUUCUGCAGCCAUAAACGUCACGAGAGCUUUCUCUCAGUUCCUCGGUGCUGCAAUACAGGGUGCAGCCAAUACCGUGCAAAGUGUGAUACGAGCCGGUCAGAGGGCCGCGACGGACGUUUACUCGAACGGUUCCGGAUAA